UCCCACCUAUCCCUCUCCCUCUCCCUCCCCCUCCCCGCCCGCUAGACUAGUACUAGGAGUAAUCCGCUCGCCGCCGCUGCGGUUAUCCGUUCGAGGUUGAUGCGCUGCAAAGUUUCCUCUUCCGGGCUGGCUGGCUGGCUGGACUGGAGUGACUCACGUAAACUUCGCCGCUCCGCUCCGGCCACCGGCCUUUCCAUCUUUUGCCGCUGCUCCCUUACCUGCCCCGCAACCGCAGGUUGAUUUCCUCCUUUAAUCUCGUGCCUUUCCUCUCAAAGCAAAGAGUGGACUUGGAGUUUUUCCUUCGGCCCCGUUCAUUUCUCCUGGAUUUCGCGUACAAAUCGCCCUUCCCUUUUCCAUUCUAAUUAAUACUCCGCGAGCCGUGAUGUCGCGUACGGAGUCGACAAGCUGUAUAUAAGCCCUCGCUGUGUUUCUUCCUUCCUUCCUUCCUCUAGGUUUCUCCUUCCAUAGCUUCAUGUCCCCAAAAGCUCCUUUUCUCUCAACUCCACUCAAGUCGGAGGAGCCUCUGCGCCAGUGCGCCGCGCCCUCGGGCAUACUGGGCUAAGUACUGCCCUCUCCAUUUGAGAUUCUUCAUCUUACCGAGGUUUGCGUUGACGCGCUAGCUUCUUCCUCGCGUUCGUUCGUGUCCGCAGAGAUGGGCCGUGCCAUGCGGUGGCUCAAGAGGCUGCUCACAGGCAGGAAGGAGGCGCACGGUGGCGGCAAGGAGAUCCAUGCCGCGACCGACUGGCAUGACGCGGCGGCGGUGAAGGAGUCCACCAAGAGAUGGAGCUUCGUGAAGCAGAGGAAGAGCGGAGUUGACGCUGGGAAGCGGCCCUCAGAGCCUCUCGCCGCCGCGCUGGAGGUGAAGCCAUGCCGCUGUGCUGGCAGCGAGCAGGUGGGGGCACGCGAGGAGAAGGCGGCCGUCGUGAUUCAGAAAGCCUUCAGAGGCUACCUGGCUAGGAAGGCGCUUCGCGCUCUCAGAUCACUCGUCAAGCUGCAGGCUCUGGUCCGAGGCUACCUCGUGAGGAAGCAGGCGGCCACGACGCUGCACCGGCUGCAGGCGCUCAUGCGGCUGCAGGCCGAUUCCCGCGCCUUCAAGAGUGCCUCCUACCGGAAAUCCAUGGAACAGGAGAGAAUUGUCGCGCAAGAUGCCCGGAUGAGGACGCCGCCGACCAAGCCCGGGCACCGGCGGAGGCUGUCCGACAGCACGGACUCCAACUACGAGCGCAGCCCGCGGAUCGUGGAGAUGGACACGUGCCACCUCCGCUCCCGGUCCAGCCGGAUGGUGAGCAGCGGCCGGUACGCCACCGAUCGCUCGUCGGGUCGCCUGGCCCCGGACCUGGCCCCGCUGUUCUCGCCGCGGUCCGUCAAGCAGCCCCCGAGGCUGUCCAUCCGGCGUGAGCCCGUCAGGCACGCCAAGACGGCGCAGAAUACGCCCCGCUUCAGCGGGGCCGACCCGCCGUACACAUACGACUCGCCUGCCAAGAGCGUGGACGGGCUGGCGGCGCGGCCGCUCUGGCACCGGGACCUGCUGUCGAGCCCGCGGUACAUGGCGGGCACGGCCUCGUCGGCGGCGAGGCUGCGGUGCCAGAGCGCGCCCAGGCAGCCGGCCGAGGCGCCGAGGGCGAGCCUGACCCAGCGAGAUGUCCCUGCUGGGCCGAGGAAGUCGACGUGCACGCGGACGCAGCAUGGCGGCCUCUGCUUCCACUCCUCGGAUGCCGCCCACACGCGCCGCUCCGACCUCAGGGACGACGCGGCAAGAGAUUAUUACUUGGACAGGAUGUGGUGAUCGAUCGGACGGAGACGGUGGUGUAUGAUACUACCAGUAGCUGCAAAUUGCUGGAUAGUCUCCGAGUUUUGUACAUGCGUAGUUGCUAAAUUUUCUUGCUUUCUUGAUGACAUCUAGUAGGUUCUAAAGUGCUACCACUACAAGCUAAGACAUAACUAAGUAGUGUGUGAGUCUGAAGGUCUACGACAUCAGUGGAGCAGAGGCAAUAGAACAAGGUAAAUAAAAUGAAGCGAAGAAUUA